CAGAUUUGUGGCAUGUAACACUGGAGUAACUUAUGUGACUGGCCCCAGAGGAUGAACUGUAGUAGUUGAAAAUAUCUUGGGAUAAUGUGACUAAUGUGAACAAUUGAUGUAUUUUAUUGUGAAGGUAAAGAAUGUAUAUUAUAUGAUAAUACAAAAACAUGGCUCCCAAUGGAAAAUUUUUAACAAAGUCAAUGACUUAAUACCCUUCACAGAAGUUAUGUCAGAAAUAGAACAGCAGCAAGAAGAAGAACGUGAAGUAUUGUUAUCAAUAUAUGACGGUGAUCCAGCAUUUAAACAUCUUCCUCCCACUACAUUUCAGUAUAAGUAUGGAGAAGAUGAGAGGCCAAAAUCAUUCUUGUUGGAAAUCUCCUGGGGUUCAUCAUAUCCUUCAGAAAAACCAUCUGUCAGCAUGGAUACCUUUUACAAUAAACAUGUUGUUCAGGAUGUGAAAGAGAGAGUUGUGUCUCAAGUGAAUAUGGAAGCAGAACAGUAUCUAGGCACUGCUAUGACAUACACACUCUUUGAGUUUGUGAAAGAGAGGCUCGAAGAAUUGCUGGCUGGCCAACCAGAGAGCUACAUCAGUGAUGUGACUGAAAGUGUAGACAGGAUAACUAUAUCUGGAACACAGGAACUGGAAUCAGCCUCUAAAAAAUCAGUAAAAAAGGAACAGCUAAGCAAGGCACAGUGAAGAAAGCAGUGGGAUCGUGUAGAUGGAAAAGGAGACAAACCUCGGGGUUGGGAUUGGGUUGAUGUAGUGAAACACUUAUCACAGACUGGAUCCAAACAGUCUCCUGACAGUGAGCUUCCAUCAACACCAUUGCCACCACUUAGUUUCUAAUGCACAUAUGUUGUCUUCAUCAGCAAACAGUAUACAGAAUAUUUUUAUCAGUGAUGUAUAUGCAGGUACUAAACAAGACAUUCAAUUGACAGUUUAAACAAAAACAAAUUCUCCUACUUUUGCGUGCAUAACAGAGAUAUAUAAUUAGAUUGUGUGUUCAAUUUUUAAAUAGCACUUCUCAGUCCUUUAUAUAUGACAUAUAAAUAUAUACCCUCCAGUGAAUUGUGGAUUUAUCAGCCUCAUAAUGUGGCACUAAGUUAGCCUGAAGUAGCUAGCAUAUG